AUGAGGCCCAGAUUCAUUAGGCCUGUCAAAUUUAUAAAGACACGGCAUAGCAACUGCCUUAGAUCAUGGCUUCUCGGGCCACCUGCGAUGACGACUGGUAACAAACUGGUAAAGUUGCUUGAGGAUAUCAUGGAUGACAUCAGAAUACUAAUAUUCAUGGAUACUAAGAAAGGAUGUGAUCAAAUCACUUGA